AUGCUACGAACCCACGUCGUCAAGCUCGCAAGGGCUGCCCCCUCCGUCCAGCGGUCUUUCUCCGUCGCCGCCAUCAGAGCCUCCGAGGGCGAUACCGGUGGCAUCCGCUCUGGCGGCAUCGCUGCAGGUCUCCGAAAGUUGAAGGAGAAACUUGCCCAACAACGAAAGCACCUCGACGAGCUGGACCAGCACAUCAAGGAUCUGGAAAGCGAGCGCUCGGGUGAACAGUAA